AUUCGACCUGGAUAACAGACACUGCGCAAUAAUCAGUGAAAUUAUUCAGCUUUUCAGUCUGUCUCCCUGAGAACAGCAAUUUGAUAGGAGCUUGCAAACUCACCGCGGAGGGGAGCAGGGGGAGCACAGAAGAGGGCAACUUAUUUGCAAUAGUUUUGUAAAAAAAUAUAUUUCAGCAGUGAACGGGAGGAAGGGGAAAGACGGGGUAAGGAAAGAGCUGCAUUUUGUGAAAUUAAUUGCACGUAAGUUUCAUUGAUCGUGUCUGCAAAAGGCUCCGAUUUCUCCGUUGUCUGUGAUGGACCUGCUCAAACAGCCAAGCUGCAAUUGUGUCUGUCUCAGGCGAGCACAGUGAGGGCGAGGGGAGGGCUGCGUUUUAUCCCGAAAGGAUAAAGGAACCUCAUCAAGAAACCUUCUAUUCCACCGCUGGAAGGGGAAGGCAGAGGAGGGAGGGUGGGAGAGAAGAAACAAAUCACACUCUCUGUGUCGCUCUCUGCAUCCCAACCAUGAGCCUGAGACAAUCUCUCCUUUGUGCACUUGUUUUUUGUGUAGGUACGUUAAGCUCUGUGUUUGCAAUGGCUGGAGAGGCAGUCACUGGCCUACUCAUGGCUGCUCCAGGGAAGGAGCUCACCACCAUGUCUUAUUUUUUGGACCUCACAUCAGCGGAUGUGGAAACAGUUGCGUUGUGGACCAAGGAUGGCAGGGUGGGCGGAUCAGUGGCCGAAAUAUCACCAGCGGGGGAAGGCUUCCAUGAAGAAUUUAGCAGCUCACCUGCCUGGAAUGGUGGAGUCCAUGAAGAGCCAAAACUUUCCUCAGACUCCAGUACACCUGACCCUCUGCCCAUUGCUGAAACUGUUGAAUCGGGUGAAAUCGGUGCAUUCGUUUCCUUACCACAGGCCUGGGUAUCUCCAAGCACCAGGUCCGGACCAUCAGGCCAGACUGGGGAGCAGGCAGUGACCUCCAGCUCACCAACUGGUGCCCUGAUCACUAGACCCGGCCUGGCAGCAGACAGCCCUGAUGGGGACUCCCCAGAUGACAGCACCCCAACGUCGGAAUCUGAUUCCGCUGAUCGAAGGGACAGCACUGAGGCUCUGACAUCUGCAACGAGCACACCAGACCUGCCAACUGCUGCCUCGGACUUUCCCACAACUGUUGCUACAUCCUACCCCUUGCUGCCAUCGUCCCCGUUCCCACCCAGCAGCACAGCGCUCAGCGGAUCGGUUGCCACAGUCACUGACUGGGAGGGGGCAGGUUCCACCGGGAUGGACCCUGAGCAUCCGCCUGGGCUAGAAGGUCCAUCAGCGGAGCCAGGGUCCACUCCAAAGGAUGCCUUUAGUACCAAACCCACCACAGCCAGGGAGGAACCUCUGGGCCCCAAACAGGUUAUUUGCAGAGACUGGAGCAAAUUAGCUGGAAGGAAUUACGUUAUCCUGAACAUGACUGAAAACACUGAAUGUGAAGUGUUUCGGACUCGGGAAGGAUUAAAGCUGCUGAAGCUGGUGGCACAGUCGUUCUCCAGGAAACUGAGCUCCCCUGCUGACUCGUGGCUGAUAUCGCUGAGCAAACCCAGUGAGGACGAGAAGCACCUCCUGAUGAUGCUGGCCAGCGAUCGAGGUACAAUACCAGCAAAGGAGGUGCUCAUGAUGCUGGGAGAGGUGAAGGAAAACCUGAAAGAGAUUGGGAUCCACAAUGUCACAUCUGCUACAGGUUGCCAAGGGAGACCCAGCCAUCCCCGUGGAGAUUAUGGGAAACUCUUUGUUGUGCUCGUUAUCAUUGGCUCAAUCUGCGCAGUGAUCAUCAUUUCAGGCCUCGUCUACAUCUGUUGGCAACGAAGACUUCCAAAAUUAAAGAACAUGUCUCAUGGCGAGGAACUCCAUUUUGUUGAGAAUGGUUGCCACGACAACCCAACCUUGGACAUAACCAUAGACAGCACUUCAGAGAUGCAGGAGAAGAAGCCCAGUGUGAAUGGCGAUGCAGUAGAAUGUUCCGGAGGCUGGACCACACUUAUCACCAAAGGGUCAAAAGAUGAGCCGGACAGUCUUGAAGAAGACACCCACCUUUAGGAACCUUCACCAUUUCUGAAUUAGUAUAGAGGAUAUAUUUUUUUUGAUGGACCCCUGUACUUUGCACAGAGGCAUCAUUGCUUCAUAAGGACUGACCUAAUGCUGCAUUCUAAUCCUACAAUAUUCCUCCGCUCUAUCACACCAUGAGUCCAUGGUUCAACAAAAAGAAAGCACUAAUAGUGAGCCAAUGGAAUUUGUUUGGUGCAUAUCUUGAGUGGAACCAUCUGAAAAUGAAAGUGACUGAUCACUUUAUACACGGGAAUAGCAGAGUAUUUCACAGACAUCAUUUAUUCCCUUUCGUGCCCCACAUUUGAGUCCAAUCCAUUGAAUGUAUUUAGAGCUCCUAAGCAUAACAUAUAGAUAGUUCUUUCCUAGAGUACAGUGCAGAAUCACUAGCGGCAUUUAGCACAAGUUCAUUAAAAGUCUACAGGGAUGACUGGGACAGCUAACAUUGGUGAAUCAUCGUUAGGGCUGAGGACACUUUAUUAAUGUUUAUGUUAAAAUAUAUAGGCCUGGGUUUUGUCAUUGUAAUCUCUCAAAGUGAAUGGAUUACCGUUGACAUGGCAAUUGGGACGUUUUGGUCAUUUUUAGCAAGUGUUUGGAGAGGUUUAUUCUGCUUCUUGGUGGAGUGAAAGAGUUUGUAGUUUACAGUGCAUCUGAGAAUCUUCCAAUUCUCUCUAUCCUCAUCCUUGGCAAAACACAAUGUUCAAAACAGAAGAACAACAAGAAAGGUGUGCUGUCAUAGUAGCAGCUUAUUUGGAAGGCAGUUGAGGUGAUUCAAUGGGAUUCAAUGUCCCUCCUUAAUUGCCUUUUAACAGAGGUCACCCAACCACAAGACUUAUAGCAAUGAUGUGAUAGAAUACACAUGAAAAGUAUACACAGUAAGUAGUAGUGGUCUUUUGAAAAAAGCCAUAGUUUCUAAAGUCCAUUAAACUUCAGCUUUUAUGAUGUAAGUAGCUGUCUUAGGUAUUGGAAUUCUCAAUCUGUCUGAUUUAGCUUUUAACUAAAAUGGUAUGAUGGAUGGAGUUGUAGUGCAAGGCACAUUAGAAUGUUUGGACAUGGGCUUCAUGCACCAGCUCACUUUCACCCCAAAUUUGGACAAAUCAUUCUUGUUCAUUUGUUACUAUAGAACUUGAAUACUGCUGAGAAAAGACAUGUUCUGUUAAAGCUUUUCAUCUUGCAUUCAUCAGGACAAUACUAAAAUGAAUGGAAAACAAUAUUUGCACUUAUAAGAGGAGAGUGCUAAUUGGAUAGCAAGUGGAAUGUAGUGACAAUGGGUGACAGCCAUUCCCUGGUCCAUUUCUCCAGGCAAUGCCCUGAACAAUCAAAGUUAAUCUGUCUGGUUUAAAAUUUAAACAAAACUUGGCUGUUAACUGUCAGCAACAUUAACUGGUGCAUACUCCAUGGCAUUGCCUGUAUCUAUCAAAGUCCACUUACUAACCAAUUAGCACUGUCCUCUCAUACAGUAUCAAUGUGGUUAAAUGUCAUUUCUCUCCACAGAUGCUGUCAGACCUGCUGAGCUUUUCCAGAAAUUUCUGUUUUAAUUUCCGAUUUCCAGCAU